AGAGAGAAAAGGGCAGCAACAAUGUGACAGACAACACAGCCGCUCUGCUCAGAGUUGUAGUGGAUAUCGGCUCAGUGAACGGAGGGAGGGCAGAGGCGAGGCGAGGCGAGGCGAGCCGAGCCGCAUGCUCGCUGUGCAACAAGGCGAACGGGAGCGGAAUAAUGAAGCGGCGGCCAGCAGCAUCCAGACAGCAGCGAGGCGGCGUUUAGGGUCCUGUUUGCACAUAACAGACUCAUGGGCAGGAGGAAAUAAAGGCAUCAGUUCAGCCCUUCCCCAGUUGACCUGUGGGUUGAGUCCUGGCUAAGGGGAUUUGUUGUUGGCGGGCCAGCUCCAUGGGUGUCUAUGUGAGUGAACAGUAAUGAAGUCCAGCAUGAAGCAGUGGCGGAGGCUGUUGUUGGUGGCCAUGCUGGUCUGGGUCCUGGUCUUUCUUGCUCUGCUGUCCUACUUCCUGGAUGCCCGUGCGGAUGAGUCUCUGACCUCUAUUGGCUCGUUACUGUCCCAGCAUCCUGACACCAGGCGGCUGGCCUCCAUACAAGCCUCCAAUCAGCAGAAUGCCAUCUUUGGUUUAAGACCUGAACUGGCUUUGCAAUUAACUACAACAUAUCUCAGAGACGAACCAGGACCAGAACCUUCCACCAGCUCCAUAACCUCAGAGACUAGCAUGGAGGCAAGCCAGAGCCCUUAUGUGACUUACGGUAGCCAGGAGGCGGGUCACCAAGAGUACCUGGACCCGCAGAGCCUGGCUGCCUGGUCCUCUUUUGGUACAGAGAAUGUGGGCUCUCAUUCAGACCCUGCAGUCCAGAGUCGUGAGCGAAUGUACCAGAACCAGAUCAGUGCCACUCAAUACCACGCCGGUGAGGAUGAAGAGGACGGCAGAGAAGAUCAAGAUCUUGAGCACAAAAUUAGGACUGCAGAAGACGGGAGACCUGGUGGAGAGUCUUCUGACUUGGAAGAUUACUAUUUCUCCCGAUCUGCCUCUGUGGUGCAGAGGCUGUGGAAAGGCCACGCGUCCGCCGACAUGCUGAGUCCCCGACUGCAGCGCGCCAUGAAGGACUACAUGAGCGCAAACAAACAUCACGUUUUCUACAACGGACAUCGGAAAGGUUCCCAGAGCGCCAAAGAGUUGUUGUGUCAAAUGAAAGCCCAGGCUCAGCUGAAAACGGUGGAUGGGUUGGAGGAGCCCUUCUCCUCUCUGGGCUGGGCAGACUUUGUGCCAUCCCUUCCACUGGAGAAGCUGAACAAACAACAGGGCAGGAGUGGCUUCAAAAGCUGUGCAGUGGUCACCUCUGCUGGUGCCAUCCUGCGCUCCAGACUGGGCAAGGAAAUAGACGCUCAUGAUGCAGUUUUGCGGUUCAACGCGGCCCCAACGGAGGGAUAUGAGCAUGAUGUGGGAAACAAAACUACCAUCCGCAUCAUCAACUCACAGAUUUUGGCGAUUCCCAAGCAUGAGUUCAACAUGAGCUCCAUCUAUAAGAACAUAACGCUGGUGGCCUGGGAUCCUGCACCUUACAAUGUUAACUUGCAGAAGUGGUAUGCCAGUCCGGACUACAACCUGUUUGGUCCGUACAUUGAUCACCGUAAAGCCCACCCCGACCAGCCCUUCUACAUCCUUCACCCCAGCUACGUGUGGCGACUGUGGGAUGUGAUUCAGAGCAACACUCAGGAGAACAUCCAGCCCAAUCCCCCCUCCUCUGGGUUCAUAGGCAUUCUCCUGAUGAUGGCGCUGUGUGAGCAGGUGCACGUGUACGAGUACAUUCCCUCCAUGAGGCAGUCUGACCUGUGCCACUACCACGAGCAAUACUACGAUGCUGCCUGUACACUGGGCGCCUAUCACCCCCUCCUCUACGAGAAGAUCCUGAUCCAGCGCAUCAAUACGGGGCUCGAGAGCGACCUCCGGAGGAAGGGACGCGCAACUAUUCCGGGAUUCAGCGCCAUCGACUGUGACAUUUAAAAUAUAAAACCCACUGAGCCUGAAAGUAAAAAAAUAAAAACAACUGCAUACACUAGUCUUUGCUGGUUGACCAAGGGAGAGUUGCAAUAAAGCCACAACAGACAAGAAGGCUGAGGCUUACUCGUUUCCAAUUAGCCCCAGUAAGAGCAUAAGCCAUAGCCCCCCAGGGAGGGAUCGGCUCCAAGGUUGUCUAAAGACCUUGCCUUCUUUAAUAACAAUUUACUUGAAGAGAGACUGAAGAGGUAAAACACAAAAACUCUGCUUUAGCUGAGCCACGUUAGCUGUGGAGCUGACUAGGGUAGCAACAAAUCAGUGUUUUAGAUAGAAAGUCAGUUUUUAAUAACUUGGUGUGUAUCAGUCAUGUAAAAAAAAAAAAAAAAUGAAUAAAGAAAAAAAAUGUUUUGCAGUUUUAUGGGUGGUAAUCCACUUGAAGGAAAAGCCACAGUUUAUUACUUCAGAUUUCUUUUUUAACAAUCCAGAGUGGUUCGAGUGAAGAGAAGAGUCACUCUGAAUUUCAUAAAAGUGUCCGCAUAUUGCAGCAACAAAAAGAAUGCACAGUUUUCAAAGACGGAUGAUCCGCAUUACUGUACAUAUCUUCCAGCAGAAUCAGAAGCCGCUUCGAGUCGUCACCAGGGCGUUAGUUUCUCACUACUGGUGUUAUGAUUGGUCUGAAAUCACUGUUCUUUGCACGAUGACUGACCGUCACCAGUUUGAUCACAGUGGAGGUUGUUUUUUUUUUUUUUUUUUUUUUUACGAUGCACUUGUUUUGUAAAAAAUGAACGUAAAUGGGGGCCAAAAAAUAAAACGGGUGCUGAGUACAACCCCGUGCCUGAUGGUCAGCUGAACACUUUCCUCGGGUUGCCUUGUCACUGUUUAGAUAAAUGCAGUACAUUCUGCGGCAGUAUUGCAUUGCCAUCCAGUUUGAUUGUGAUGCUGCGUGGAGCAGUGGAUUUUCCUGCAGUCAUAUAUUUCUCAGCUCUGCCUCAACAAUCACCAGCCCCUCAGAUUUUAAUUUAUCGUUCUCUGCUGUCAUUUCACUCUUUAUUGAAUGUAUUUUUACCACUGCCUGCUUUGACCAACCCUGUACUGGAGCUCACCUCUGCUGUACUGUCUGCAUACAUGCGUCGCAGGGAUAUUACUUUGGAUAAAGUGCAUUCCUUACAAUUAUACAUGGUUCAGAGUUCCAAUAUCCACCACGGCUCAGAACAGAGACGGUUAAAAAUCUGGGAUUUUUGCCCAGCAGUGUCUCGGGAUUUACUUUGCCUCCAAGUUUUGAUUGCUUUAUGUUUGCAGUGAGCCGGUGCCACAUCCGGCAGUAGCUGUAGAUGUUUAAAGUCAGCACGGGAAUGGAGGUCAGAAUAUAUUUGGCUUGAGGAAAGUGUUUUAAUAAAUGUGUGCAAUCAGUAGUGGUUUCAUCAAAGAUUUGAAGACGUAUGUGGAGAAAAGCGACUGCUGCAGUAGUGUAGAAAGGAAAAAGCUGCCACUGGGGUUUGACUUGGGUUGGGUAUGUGUUUUUUAUUUUUAUUUUAAGUUAUUCGAUCUUUAUUUUAUGAAAGAAAUUACUAAGUACUUUUAAAAUCGAGUACCAUUUUUCACUUUUGGUGUUUUAUAUACGGUGUGUUAAUAUAAAUUUGUGAUUUUGCAAAUAGUAUGAGAAACUCAUGGUCAGCCACCACAUUAAAACAUCAGUCUUUUGUUGUGUAGAUGCUUUUUUAUGUGGGACUUCAACUAUCCAAAAUACUCAUUGGUUGUUAGCCAUUUGGACUUUGUAGGUUUUUCAUCCGAGAUGUUGUUUCAGAGAAGUAUUUCUCUUCUUAAUGAGGCUGCAGUUAUGUUUCAGUUAUUUGAAAAUAGCUGUUUAGUUUUAAAAAUGAGAAAUGAUAAAAUAAAAUAGAAUUAGCAUUUAGACUUGAAUCAAAUUUAAUAAAUAGAACAUUUAAAACAGAGACCAUGGUUUUUGCCUUUAUUAGUGCUAGCAUUGCAGCACAGGAAGAUGCUGCUGGAAGUUGAAAAAGUUUUGCGGAGGAGAAAGAAAGCAAAGUUCUUUAGGGGCGUUGUGACAAGAAGGGGUCGAGGACAUGAGACAGAAAAAACUGGAACAAGAAAACCAACUUUGGCAGGUUGGCCAGACCAUGCAGAACACUUAAGUUGUCCAUUAUUACAUGAAUAUGUAACAUUAAAUUCCCCUACUCCCUCUCUCUGCAUUGUGGAAAGAAAAACUAAUCCUGCCAAAAAAAUUAUUUUUUAUGAAGUAUCGUGUACAGUUCUUUUGGAAAUAGUUGCCAAGUACAAUUUCAGAUCUGGAAAGAGAUUUGAGACAUUUUAAGGGAACUUCUGUCAAACUACCAGAAUCAUUUUUACAAGAAUUUCACAGCAAGUAAUAAAGCAACAUACUUUUCCCCAUCUGAUUUCAAUGUUGUGGUUGAUCAGUGUGAAAUAAUGUGUAGUACACUACGCAUAAGAUGAUGCAUAAUUCAGUGAAUUACUUAGAUGUUAGUUGAAAAAAAAAGCUUCAUCACAUUGAUGCAAAAUUGUGUAACCCUGAAAGCAUUUCCCACAAUGAGAUAUUGAAAAGGUUUUGAUAAAAUAUGUUCAAGCUAUUUCUAGAAAGUGGGCAUGCCCAGAGGUCAGUGUGUGCCAAGGUUUUGAAAAGUUGGUUUUAAUAAUUUUAUGCUAUUUUAAAGAAAUGCAAGCAGAGGUGCUGGGUUGACCGGCGCGUUCUCUCGCCAACUUGUAAAAUUUUCCCUUUAUCAGCACAAAAACCCAUGCAGACAUUUGAAGUUAUUUCUACAGUUAAGAAGAUACUAGCAUGUCUACAAAGCAACAGACUGUAGUGUGUACCGCAGCAGAUAGCCCAACUAAUUAACCAGCAGUCAUUAGUUGGCUGUUCUUGCAAAAAUGGUGAAAUUCUUCUGCACAACAAUAAGUUGGACAUAAAUGUGGUGGGUAUUCUUUGUGUAGUCAAAGUACUAAAUUUAAUAUAUAAUGUUAGACUAAUAUUAAAUAUGUAUUUUUACCAGCAGUAGAAAAAAUGUUUUUCUAUUUUUAAACCAAAGCAAUUAUGUCAUGUUAUAUAUUUUUAUUUUUAAUUGGCAUGUUUUUUGGCAUGUUUUUUGGAUAGUUAUUGUACCAAAAGAAUGUAAUGCAGGCCCAUGCUUAGUAAUAAUUGUAGUCAAUAUUCUCCUCCCUCUUCCCGGUUCAGACUAGAAGCAUUUGCAAGGCCUGUUGACACUUUUCUUCUUCAAAGUAAACAUAUACCCAACCCCAGUCUGUUUUAAGAACCCCAGUAAUAAGGCUUGUAAUAAGACUAAUCAAAAUGAUGCUUUUGCAGGUUGCAGGUCUCGCUGCAGGGGUGUUAACAUGGUUGUGAUUGUAGCACAAUGAACGUGCAAAAAGCCCUGAACAUAUUGUACAUUUGUACUUUCUGUUGCACAGAGCAUGCAAAAGUCAGGAUUAGGGUCGAGUCUUGAACUGUGUGUGCUGUGUUGUGCUGAAGAUCAUUGUCAUUAAUGUUGUAGGAGUCAACUGUGCUUUAAGGUUUUUGUUGUUUUAUUAAAGAACGUUUUUGCAUCUUUCUUUUACUGCAUGCUUGCGGACCACAUAGCAUUCAGCUGGUCCCUGAUGCCUUCUGGCAACUUCAUUCAUCCAGUAUUGUGCCAAAUUCCACCUUAAAUCAUUUGUCAGACUUUUAAAGUGGAACAAAAACUCAGAAUAAAGACACAACUUCUGGGAAAUUAAGGUUUCUCUCUGUGACUUUUAAGGUCACAGAGAAGUCUCUGUGACCUUAAUAGUUUUUUUUCCUGUCCACUUAAGUACUGAUUUUUUUUUAUUGCCAGUAUUAAAUACGAGGAGCUGUAAAAAAUGUUGACAUUAGCUGGUGGAUAGAUGUUGGAAGAGUACAUUGUUUAGACACUGAUGAUAAAGUUCUUUCAACCCGAUCUCCAGCCUUUUUUUCUCUUGAGGCCUACUUUUCAUGUCUUGUUUUGAUUUACUAUGGUGGGAACUUGUGGACCACACUGUCUCUAAAGGAUUUUUCAGUAUUUAAUUUUAGGUUAUACUUUAGUGCGAUAGGAGGUCCUGUUUCACUCCCAGCAGCCUUAGGGUGAUCUUGAUUUUUAUUAUUCAGUGAGUUUUCUUCUUCUUAAACUCGAAUGAUAUUUAAAUGGAGAAUUUGUAUGAUUUGAGCUGUUAUCUCCUUUUUUACUGUGUGAAUAAAAUUGUUGAAACAU